AUGUCCUUCCCAGCUAUAACAUCCUCUAUGCAAGAUGGCUCGACCAUACCGCUCACUGUCUUCCUGAAUGGCCUGGCGACACGAUACAUGACGGUCAUCGGACUCGUCGCGAUGUUUUACGACCACAUUCUCACGUUUUCUGCCGAAGUAUCCCUCGUCUGGAGGGCUCGUCCAUCAUUCGGUCGCAAUGGUUUUCUUCUCAACAAAUAUCUUGCUCUUGCAUGCCUUCUGAUGAACGCUCAUUUGUCGAGUGGAAUCAGUGAGAAUGCUCAUUCAGACACAACGUAUGUCAUACAUCUGUUUCCAGCCCCCUCCGACGAGACCGCUACCUUCGUCUGCUCUGUCUAUUCGAUCAUCUUCGGCCAUUUCCUUAUGUUGCUGCGAGUAGCUGUGCUGUGGGAUAGACAAAAGACCAUACUAAAACUCCUCGCGACCGCUUUCUUCGCGACCGCCGUCGCGACACUGACCAUGGUCAUAAUGACCGUCAUUCAUCUUGCGCCGCACAUCGUAUGGCACAACAACGUCCGUAUGUGUGUCGCCACACAGACCUCACCUCUUCUAACGAUCGUCUGGGCCUCAUCGCUGCCCUUCGACCUCCUCGCCUUCAGCCUAACACUGUACAGCUCACUGUCGAGACCGCGACCAGGAGACGUCGGGGCUACGAGCGUCGUCCGUCAAGAUGGUGCCUGUUUCUUCUGUAUCAAAACAUGUCUUGACGCUCUGAACACUUGGUUCGCCGCGUUUGGGGACUCGCACAAAAUCAUGACCGUCACCGCCUUCGUCUGGGCAAUGGUCACACUCCUCGUCAAUCGCUUCCUCCUCCACAUCCGAGCCGCCGAAGCCUCAGACAAGGACACAGACGAGACCUUUCAAGCGGCUCAACAUCUUUCCAGUCCGAGUCCUUUGAAGGCGUAUGCGUAUGCCGGCGACGUCUCUCAUCCAGUGGCACCUUCAGAACCACGGUCAGAACAGCCAAGACGUUUAACCCAAUUGUAUGAACGUCACGGUUUUGAUCACCGGGCCGUAGAUCUCGAGCCUUUAGAGGGUUGUUAUAUUCAGAGGGAGAGCGUGGAGUCCAGGGCUUUGAGGAGGUUGUGA